GAUUUUCCGUCGGUCUGUCAUUGCCAUAAUUAUACUUUUUAAUGAAUAUCAAUUUCGUUUCGGUUUUUUAUACAGUUUAAAAAUAAAUAUUUUAGCGUUAAUCGGAUUUCAAUAGCGAGUAAAUUGUUCUAUACUUUGUUUCGAUUUAUGUCAAGUAUAAGAAGUGACCAAAAAUGAGCGAUGACGAGCCUGAAGAGAACCAAAUGCGCAAUGCAUUAAGUGAAAUUGCUAAAGAAGUUCAAAAACUUCAUAAGGACACUAUAUCUGCGAAAAAUAGCAAUAUAAAAUGUGACGAUAAUUGUGCUGAAGAAAUUUUAGGUCAACUUAUAAAAUGCAAGACAUCUUUGAAUUUGAGAACAGUUCAAAUAAAAAGAUUAAAAAAUACACUAAAAACUGCUUGCGCUGUUGCCAAAACUAUGUCAUCAACUAAAGCGAGUGAAAUAGCAACGCUAACAAGUCACUUAGAUUUUGCUAGAAAGAAUUAUUUGAAUUUAAUACGACAGCAAAGUGAGAAAGACGAAAUAAUUACUAACUUAAGCACAGAAAACCACGCUUUACGAGAACAGCUUCAAUUUUUCGAAAAAGUCAUUGAUCUUGGAUAUCAGGAAUUACAGAAAAAUAAAUCUGGAGAAAGGGUAGAAAAUAUUUCUAGCCUUGAACAACUGAAACAAAUUUUAGCUUGCUGUGGACAGUAUUAUGCGGAUUACUGCAACGAACACGAGAAACGCAUUCGGCUGGAACAAAAAAAUAGAUUCCUCGACACAUUGAUUACAAUGGAAAAUAAUUUAAAACCUAAAGAUAAAAUAGGCUCCGUUUGUAUUAACAAGGAUAAAAAAUUCCCUGCGCCAAUCCCACGGCAACGCGUUGCUUUCGCGCGGUCUGAGUUAAAACUAGGGUCUCAUCAAAGAAACUUCACUAAUUUCACCAUGACAAAAAUUGAAUUAAAUAAACAUUCACUAUCACCAACAAAUAGCCGGGAUUUAGACUUGACAACACAUUUAAAAACAGUGAAGCAACUUCUUAAUGAUCAAAAUAAUCUCAUUAAAGAUUUGAAGAGCCUAACGAAAGUAAUAAAUGUUGAUGAAACUUAUUGAGAAUGUUUAUUUAUA